AUGGACAUCGAUCACUCAUGUGACUUUUCAGAAAGUGAUGUGGAACAUGAGGACAUCCCACCUGAUCCUGCUCUGCAAGAGAUCUGUGGAUCUGAAGUAAACACAGAAUUCAGCAAGGAUAAGUCAGAGGUGAGCACAAUGACUUCAUUUGAAAAAGUGUCACAAGGAAUAAACCAUGUAGAAGGGGGGUGGGCAAAAAUGAUCAAUGCAGACGACACGGAGGUGACUGCCCGCUACAAGAAGAAAUAUCUGAAGGAUGAGCAUUGUCAGCACAUGGUUAUGGAGACUGCUAGCGUCAUGGAACACUGCAACCAGUGUAAAGAUGCAGAAGAUUGUUUCCCAGAUUUAAAAGAUGAGGAGGGGGUGCAGGAAAUGGAGUACGAGCCAUCAGCAAGAAUCAUCAGUAUGCUAAGGGACCCAAAUAAAGUAAAACGCACUGCCACCAGUUUGUCCUGGCACCCGCUUGAUUAUCAUAAACUAGCCGUUGCCUACUCUUGCCUGGAAUUUCAGAGAGCACCCAAAAAUAUGAGCUUUGACUCCUACAUAUGGAACAUUGAAAUUUGCAAUAAACCGGAGAUGACUCUGAAACCUAUAUCUCCGCUUGUUUGUCUGGAGUACAACCACAAAGAUACUCACAUCCUUAUUGGAGGAAGCUACAAUGGACAGAUCGGCUAUUGGGACACUCGGAGUGGCAGCCAGCCAGUACAGAUGUCCGCCACUGAGCAUAGCCAUAAAGAUCCUGUCUACAAGGUCAUCUGGCUGCAGACAAAGAUAGGCACUGAAACUUUCUCAGCUUCUACAGAUGGUCAGGUACUGUUCUGGGACAUUCGUAAUAUGAAUGAGCCCACCAAGCGGCUCGUGCUGGAUCCCAGUAAGAAGGGAAACCGUGAAAAUGCCCUUGGUGCAGUCUCAAUGGAGUUUGAAAACAGUAUGGCAAAGUUUCUGGUGGGCACAGAGCAGGGGCUUGUGGUCUCGUGCAAUCGCAAGUUAGAGACCACAGAUGAUCCGAUUGUAUGCAUGUACAGCGGACACCAUGGCCCCAUUUACGCCCUCCAGAGGAACCCCUUCUUUCCGAAGAACUUCUUGACUGUUGCUGAUUGGACCGCCCGCAUCUGGUCAGAGGAUAUCAAAGAGUCCUCCAUCAUUUCGUCCAAAUAUCACAUGACCUAUCUCUUAGAUGGCUGUUGGAGUCCAGUCAGACCCUCUGUCUUCUUUACGGUGAAGAUGGACGGAACCUUGGAUGUGUGGGACAUACUGUUUAAACAGAAGGACCCCAUUCUCAAUCUCAAAGUUUGUGAUGAAGCUCUGUACAGCAUCCGUGUACGAGAUAAAGACUCUUUGGUGUGCUGUGGAUCUCAGCUAGGAACCGUUAGACUGCUGAAGAUGUCACCAGACCUGUGCACUCUGCAGAAGAACGAGAAGGCCCUGGUCUCAGAAAUGUUUGAACGUGAGACCAAGAGAGAAAAGAUUCUGGAAGGUCAGUACAGAGAGAGGCAUCAAAUGAAACAAAGCUCCUCCGUAGAGGAUGAGGGAGGAAAAGAUGACAUGGAGGAACUUCUGGCCUGUACAGAGAGGGAGUUUUUUGAGACUGUGGAAGCUGAGAAGAAGAAAAUAAAGGAUGAGGAGAAAGAGAGAAGGAAAGUGGUGUGUGUAAAGGCAUCCAAGCAGAACACGGAUACUAAAGAUGCCAAAUAAGAAAGCUUGAAAGCCCACCUGUUUACUGAUUACUUUUUUUAAGCCAUAACUUUAGCAUAAGCCAUAAUACAUAAACCAACUCAGUAUCAGUUGAAGACAUGCUUGAAAAUUAAAUGUGAAAUAUGAAUGUGUCCUUUAAUCUCUGUUUUUACUGUAAACUUGUGAGUGUGUUACAUGUGCAAGUUAUUGUAAUUUUAAGACAUAAUAUACACAAAUACCCCUGAAUUAAUGCAAAAAUGAACAGCAUUAAA